CUCCGCUCCGCCUUCGUGGGAUAAACCUCUUCCUCUUGUCCUUCUGCGAUAGGCCAUGGAGGUUCUGGUUAGAGCCGGAGGCGCUGUUAUUGAAGGGAUUGCUUGAUUUCUCAGGAUCAAGGCGAAACCUGAACAACUCCUCUUGGAUAUCCUCGUCGAAACUGUCCCACAGCAGGGCAACGCGCUCCCGGUCUUUUUUCAGCCCAAUCUGAAGUAAAAUCGACUCCAGCUCCAGGACAUGUUUCGUGACCGAUCUGCCAUUCUGGCGGCAACGACCGUCGGAAGAACUUCCUUAGCGCCCACUUGUGCUCCUGUCCGCGGACACGCCGGUUGUAGAAGUCUUUUGCGUCGCCAUCGAGAUAUCCGCCGACCAUAGCAACUCGAUGCUCCCUGGGCACGUUCCCGAGCUUACACCAACGGCUCGCUUCAUCUACGAACUGAGUGAAUCGGUCGGAGUCCUCCGCGCCAUCAUAACGCGCCGAUUUUUUCCUUUUCUCCUUCUCCGACCGGUAGCCAGACGAAUCGGAUUCGCCGCUCGAGCCAGAGUUGUCUGAGUCAGAGUCGGAGCUAGAGCCAUCUCCGGGAGAGUCGCUGUUGUCACGGGAGGACGUUGAGGACGAGGAGUCGGAAGAUGAGCUGUUCGAACUGUCGUCCGACGGUUGGUGACUGACGCCUCGUAGUACACUGUUCACGAAUCCCCCAGCACUAGUUCUUCCCUUCGCAUGGAUCCGGGGCUUGCGCGAGGCAGAGCUCACCUGUUCCUGCUUUGGGAUCUUAAGGGCAUCGGAGGGCUGUUUGCCCACGCCCACGCGGUCGAUCUCCUGGCGCAAUUCUUCCUGCCUCUCAAACUCAGCCAGGCGAUCACGCAUGCGCAAGAACUCGCGGACGAAUCCCCUUUCAAGGAUAUCAUUCGCCUGACCAGUGACGAGCCCAGCCCCGGCUCCAUCCUCUUUCUUGGGGGUCGGCCCACUGAUUGGGGGACCUUCGAGGGAUGUCCUGGCCGGCUCGACUGCGCUCUUUUGAUGAUCGAUCUCCCCUUCCUCCCAUUCAAUGUCUCCCCAGUUCCGGGGAUCAACUCCCUUGCCUUUGUCCCUCGAGGAGCCCGCGGCGGUGUGGAGGUAGGAGUCAGUGUCAUCACCAUUCGAGCUCGACUCUUCGUCGGAAUCGUGCCCCGCGAUGACCGAACCCGCGUCGCUCAAAGCCUGAUCAGCGUUUGACUCGACAUCGGUAACGCUAGCCGAUUCUGCGAUCUCGUCGGCGUCAUCCAGGAUAGUUACCUCCUCGUCAGGAGAUACUUGAGGCUCGUAGGCCUGCCUGGCUUCCGAGCCCGUAAGGGCCUCGGAGAUGGGCUCCGCUUUGGUCUUUUUACCUGCGUGAGCAUUCGCUCCAGCCGCCUCCGCCAUCUUGGCGUAGCGUUGGGCGAUCAGCCGCAGCAUCUCCGGAGACAUGCUCUGAGCGGCUUCAUCGAUGAUGGCGGCUGGCACUUUCGCCAGGCUCCUCUCUGUGGGUCCGGGUACGGCGGCCAGAUGCCACCGUCCAGCGACCAUCGCCAUCGCUAACGGUGCCCGUCUCCGCCUCCGCGGAUCGGUGACCGAUACUCUUGUUCGGGGAUAGCGUAUCCGUGCUCGCACGGGCUGGCCUUUCGGCGUUGUCUCCGCCAACGGUCAUGGACGCGUUGACGGGCUGGGGGGAAGUAACGGCCAAGGCCGGGGAGACGACUCGAGCAUAGGUGAGCUCAGGCGUCACUGCGCGAGCCUCAGGGGUAGUCGGCUGAGCGGUUUUCGGGUCCAUGACCUUGCCGUCGGGGCCGCGGGGCCGCAGUUUCGAACGGCUGGCAGAUACUGGGAUCCGAGAUACGUGGGAGUCGGGGUUGUGGGUCUGCAUGGUAGCAGGGAGUAGAAGAUUGGGUAGGGUGAAAAUUUAUAGGGGUUGUCUGUCUUCGUCGAAGUCGGCAGCGGCGGUUGAUCAGACCGCAGGGAACCAGGGCAGGGCGAAGACGAGUGCUUUACUGUCAAAAAUAUGUAUGUGACGGAAGCGAGUGAUUCGAGUUCCGGCACAAGAGAAGUUGAGGCAACCAAACGGCAAUGACAGGGAUAAGCUGUAAGAUUGACUGACUCUACCGUAAAUAGACCCUAAACUACUUAUACCGAUCGGCUAUACAAACAGUGGUAAUUAAAAGAGAUUGUGG